AUGGAUUGGAUGGAUUAUGCUCUGUGUUGGAACGUUAGAGGUGACAUCUAUGGUAUCAAAAUCUGUAGGAAUGCUCCUAUUAUCUCUCGCCUUUUGUUUGCUGAUAAUUCAUUUAUGUUCUUCAGAGCUAAUACUGAAGAAACUAAUGUUAUGAAGGAUAUUCUUGUUACGAGUUCAAUGGGUUUUGAGAACAGGGAGUUAGACCAUGAUAAAGUAUAUGCUGCAAUCUAUUAUGACUUAUAUUAUGAGUCUCUUCUUCCAUCCUCCUUAGUUGUCGAGAUUGAGAAAAUGAUGAAUUCUUUUUUGUGGGGUCAUAAAAGAGAUGGAACAAAAGGUAUACAUUGGCUUUCUUGGGACCGUUUAUCUAUGCCAAAAUGUGAUGGGGGUAUGGGCUUCAAGAGUAUCAAUGCAUUCAACCUUCCGAUGUCAAGCAAGCAAGCUUGGAGAUUCAUGACUAAUCCUGAUUCUCUCGUGUCUCGUCUUUAUAAAGCCAGGUAUUUUCCUAAUUGCGACUUUCUUAACUUUAAUAUUGGCCACAAUCCUAGCUAUGUGUGGCGCAGCUUUUGGAGCUCCAAAUUUGUGGUUAAAGGUGUGAUAAAAUGGAGUAUAGGAUCGGGAGAGAAUAUUUCGGUUUGGAAUUAUAAUUGGUUAUUGGAUGGUAAUUCUCUGGUUAAUCCUUGGUCUCAUAACUUGGUUGUGAGAGUAAUCUUAGAGUUUCGAAUUUGA